AACCCUUCUGAGCUUUGAAUCCACUUUCUUUCUGAUCUCUCUCAUCUCAUACGUUUCUGUUUUGAUUUCUCAGAGACUUAUGAAAUGAACAUUGAUCCCAAAACCCCAGUUGUUGAUUUUCUUUUCUUGUUCCUUUUUGUUUCGUCUUGCUGUUUUCUUGGUCGUUGCUGCUAUGCAAUUGACACAAUCAGGUCAGAACAAUCAAUAAGGGAUAUUAGAGGAGAAACCCUGAUAUCUCAAGAUGACAUUUUUGAAUUGGGGUUUUUCAGCCCACCAAAUUCUACAUUGAGAUAUGUGGGAAUUUGGUAUCAUAAGAUUGAUGGGGAACAAACAGUGGUGUGGGUUGCAAAUAGAGAUGUUCCAAUCUCGGAUAGAAAUGGUGUUUUGAGGAUUGGAAAUGAUGGUAAUUUAGAGGUUUUAGAUGGUAAUAACACCAUAGUUUGGACUUCAAAUGCUUCAGUUCCAUCAAGCAACACAGCAGCAAUUCUCUUGGGUACUGGGAAUUUUGUUCUGUCAAGCAAUGAAAGCAUUGGCCAUACCACAAAGGCCUAUUGGCAGAGCUUCGAUCAUCCUACUGAUACGUAUCUCCCUGAAAUGAGGGUUCUGAUGAGUAUUGUCAAGGGAGAGAAUCAUGCCCUUCGUUCAUGGAAAUCUGCCAGUGAUCCUUCCCCGGGGAACUUCAGCAUUGGAGUUGAUCCUUUUGGAGCACCUCAGAUUGUGAUAUGGAAUCAAACCAGAAGGAUGUGGAGAAGUGGACAAUGGAAUGGAGUGGUAUUUACUGGUGUCCCCAACGUAUCUUCCUUUGCUAGUUUUUUAUAUGGUUUCAGGCUUUCGGAGCCUGAGGCAGAUGGUAGCAUGUAUUUCACUUAUACCCCACCAAAUGCUUCUGAUUUGGUGAGGUUUCGAAUGGGAUGGGAUGGCAAGGAAGAGCAGUUAAGGUGGGAUGAUGGCCUAAAGAGCUGGACUGUGGUGCAAUCAGAGCCUGUCAGUGAUUGUGAUCUUUACAACUUUUGUGGGAAUUUUGGGGUCUGUGAUAUCACCAAGAUUCCCAAGUGUAGCUGCCCACAAGGGUUUCGACCAAAGUUUCAGGACCAAUGGAAUAGAGGGAAUUGGUCAGGUGGGUGUGAAAGGAGGACGGAGCUGCAGUGCAAGAGGAAUGCUAGUGAUGCAGGGUGCAACAGUGAGCAGGAUGGCUUCAAAGGGCUUAGGUGCAUGAAGUUGCCAGAUUUUGCAAAUAGAGUGACCCCGGGGAACUCAGAGACUUGUAGGGGAAAGUGCCUAGCAAAUUGUUCAUGUAAUGCAUAUGCAGAUGUUACCACGAUUGGAUGCCUGAUAUGGACUGGAGACUUGAUUGAUGUUCAAAAUUUGGACAAGGCUGGACACUUGAUGUUCCUUCGUCUCCCUCGUUCUGAGUUAGGUAGUGGUAAAAAGAUCUCCAACCUUGUGAUAGCUAUAAUUGUUUUGGCCGGGGUGUUCUUCUUGUGCAUAACCAUAUGGCUUCUAUGGAGGUGCAAGAGGAAGAUGAAAAGCGAGAUUCGCAACAGCAUACCGACUUUUUAUGGGAGCAAUGGCAACGAAUUCUCAGCAGAUCUUUCUGGAUCAACUGAGCUUGUUGUUGAUGGGAGUCAAGUUAAUGGGCCAGAGUUACCAUUGUUCAACUUCAACUUCAAAUGUGUAGCAGCUGCUACAAACAACUUCUCUGAAGAAAAUAAACUGGGGCAGGGGGGAUUUGGUCCUGUGUACAAGGGAGAGCUACCCACCAGUCAACAAAUAGCAGUAAAGAGGCUGGAGGUGGCAGGAAGAUCAGGCCAAGGUUCAGAGGAGUUUAAAAAUGAGAUUAUCCUGAUUGCUAAACUACAACACAGAAAUCUUGUUAGGCUAUUAGGCUGCUGCAUUCAAGGGGAAGAAAAGCUGCUGAUUUAUGAGUACAUGCCAAAUAAAAGUUUGGAUUACUUUCUUUUUGGUAGGUUCCUCCUCUCCAUUUUACUGAUUCAGUUUUCUCAGCAUUUUAUGAUAAAAUCUAUGGUAGAUCAAACUAAGCAAGCACUUCUAGACUGGGGGAAGCGCUUUGCAAUCAUUGAAGGCAUCGCAAGAGGACUGCUCUAUCUCCAUCGAGACUCAAGACUUAGAAUAAUUCAUCGGGACCUAAAGUCUGGUAACAUUUUGUUGGAUGAAGAAAUGAAUCCAAAGAUUUCAGAUUUUGGCAUGGCUAGAAUAUUUGGUUGCAACCAAUAUGAAGCAAAUACAGUCCGAGUAGUAGGCACAUAUGGCUAUAUGUCCCCUGAAUACGCAAUGGAAGGUCUAUUUUCAAUCAAGUCAGACGUGUAUAGCUUUGGUGUGAUACUAUUGGAGAUUGUGAGUGGUCGGAAGAACACUAGCUUUCAUUUAUCUGAUUGCAAACACACCAGCCUGAUUGGUUAUGCAUGGGAACUUUGGAAGGAAAAUAAGCCAAUGGAGCUCGUUGAUCCCUCUAUUCGAGACACAUGUAAUUCUAGUGAAGUUCUGAAAUGCAUACAUGUUGGCAUGCUGUGCGUGCAGGAUUCUGCAGCACUCAGACCGAAAAUGGAAUCCGUAGUGCUAAUUCUUGAAAGUGAAGGCACUCCAACACUUCCAGAGCCUAGACAACCAAAAUAUAUUUGCAAGAAGACAUUGAAGGGCUCCGACGGUACAGACUUUUAUUUGGAUGGUCAAGAUUUCGUAUCCUCAAAUGAUGUCACUGUUACAACGGUAUCAGGAAGAUAAAUCGUUUUAUUUUUCCCCUUCCGUCGCCAUCAUGUACGUAUAACUUCAUGGCAAAUUCACCAUUCAUACCUCCAUGGUCCCUGUAUUUUCUUCCUUCAUGUUUUGAAGUGUCAGAAUUGUUUCACCAAUUUCUAAUGUGAAUUAGUCUUUGGAAUGAGGAUAAACUUAAUGAUUUAUUUUUUUAUUACACGACAUAUACAUGAUGUUUGAACUUCUUGUAGUACAUUUUUCUAAAUAAAGGGGAAUAUGGGAAUUGAGAAAAUAUAAAGAAAAAAUAAAGUAAAAUUUGAUUUUUAUUGUUCUUGAGUGCUUAUUGACUGAAUGUACUGGUAAAAUUGUUCAAUUGAAUAGGUGAGAGAUGUGGGAAAAUUUUUUGGGUUUUGAAGUGAUGAGGUCUAGAAGAUCAGAGUUUUUUUUUUUUUCAAUGCACACCAGGUGUUUGAUUAAUUGUCUUACUGGGCCGUGCUGAUUUUUGUUCUUAACUUAUAUUGGGAUUAUGUUGCUGUUCUUCCAUCUAGAAUGCGAAAUUAAUAAAUUCGCCAUAAUGAU